AAUCGCAUUUGAAAGAAGAAGAAGAAAAAAACAGGGUGAGAUGUACAGAUGUGGCUGGAAAAGAGUGGACCUUUUAUUUGCGCUAAAGUUCAGACUGUGGAGAAAUUACUGAGCCACACAUUUCAAAACGUAUAAAUGUACUUUAAAUAGAUCCUGGUCAGAAGUGGUCAUCGUUAUUUAAAGCUUCGACUUAGAGUUUGUCGAAUUUACAUUUUGUCCUCCGAUUCUUGGUUCAUUCGGUAGCCUGCGGGGUAGACUAUUUAAACCUCAGACCUCUUCGCUUAGACCGGUCCUAUGAAGACCAAAGAAAUCUGCUGAAUUCCGUUUAAAAAAGCCUUUUAAAGUUCCCCUGUGUUCAGAUGCUAUUAAAUAAGAUCCUUGCUACAAGAAUGCUAAGCUGUUAUUGCGACUGAUGAAUGGACGCUCCAGUUUUGGUAGCUCCACUCAAGCAUGGCUUUCUAGGCUCAGUUGUGUAUCAGGACAUUAGAUGCAUUGCUCUAAAAUAGGACUUCAUCUUGCAAUCAUUAGUACUAACAUCGUCAGGAAUAGUUUAAUCCAUCGUGUUUUCUAAAUUGUUAGUCAACAGACUAACGCUGGGGUUCGCUUUGUUUAAGAGCAGCAGAACAGACGGCUUGAUUUACAAGAGUAAUACACAUUUGCGUGUGGUUUCACUUUAAUUGGGCUAUAUAUUCUGCGAUCGCAUUGUCGUAUGUGGUUUUUGUCUACGGCCGACCUUCUGAUUUGUUUGGAUAUUACUUGGGACCCCUUCGCUUUUUAAAUCAAAAUCAGCUCCACUCUUGCUUGUAAAAGUUUUGAUUCACGAGCUUGGUGUUGUUUGUUGGUCUGUACUAAAUGAGUCAUGAGAUGCUCUUAAAUUCUUUCAUCAUAGUAAAGGCAGUCCUUUAAAAGUUUCCCGUUAGUGGGCUGAAAAAAGAUGGAAAUGUCUGUUAAGAAAACUGUCUGGAAGAGAGCAGUUAAAUCACGAGGGUAUCUGAAGGGUUUAUACCGAACCUGUAUCUUCUAAAGCGCCAAGCGUCUUAAAUACUCCAAUAACCAAGCAAACGAAACGCUGAAGAGACUUCAGAGGGCUAUUUUGUCAUUUACUGACUCUCAUGUUGUUCUACCGCAAAACACAAAAGACGAUAUUUUAAAGAACCGCCACAGCGAAAGCCAAAACAGCAUUGGACCCCGUUGAUUUUUUUUUUAGUUAAACAGGUUUGCACCGACACGAGGUGAGCGCAUGAUGACAGAAUCUCCAUUUUUGGGUAAUCUGACCGCAUUUCUUGAAUACCUGGUCUCCGUCAGCUGCUCAUAUCAGUGUAUCUGUUCUCCUCCAAAGGGCUUUGUCUUCAGUCGUGGCUUUGGGCGCGAACAUCAUCUGCAACAAGAUCCCCGGCCUGGCCCCCCGACAGCGCGCCAUCUGCCAGAGUCGCCCAGAUGCCAUCAUCGUCAUCGGGGAGGGCGCUCAGCUGGGCAUCAACGAGUGCCAGUAUCAGUUCCGCUACGGACGGUGGAACUGCUCUGCCCUUGGCGAGAGGACCGUCUUUGGGCAAGAGCUGAGAGUAGCAAGGAGGCUGCAUUUACCUACGCCGUCACGGCAGCAGGUGUUGCCCACGCUGUGACAGCAGCCUGCAGUCAGGGCAACCUGAGCCACUGCGGCUGUGACAGAGAAAAGCAGGGCUAUCACGACCAGGAGGAGGGAUGGAAAUGGGGCGGCUGCUCGGCAGACGUCAAAUACGGAGUGGAGUUCUCCAGGCGCUUUGUGGACGCCCGGGAGAUUAAAAAAAACGCAAGGAGACUAAUGAACCUGCACAAUAACGAAGCAGGAAGAAAGGUUCUAGAGGAAAGGAUGAAGCUGGAAUGUAAAUGCCAUGGCGUAUCCGGCUCAUGUACCACAAAAACCUGUUGGACAACUCUGCCGAAGUUCAGAGAAAUCGGCUACAUCCUUAAGGAGCGUUAUGCCACUGCGGUUGAGGUGGAGGCCGUGAGAGCCACGCGUUUUCGCCAGCCGUCUUUCCUGCGUCUCAAGCAGUCCCGUGGGUACAUAAAGCCCACCGACACAGACUUGGUUUACUUGGAGCGCUCGCCCAACUAUUGCGAGGAGGACGCUGUGACGGGGAGCGCGGGAGCGAGAGGGCGGCUGUGUAACCACACGUCCCCUUACACGGACGGCUGCAACCUGAUGUGCUGCGGCCGGGGCCACAACACCCAUCAGUACACACGCGUGUGGCAGUGCAACUGCAAGUUCCAGUGGUGCUGCUUCGUGAAGUGUAACACCUGCAGUGAAAAGACGGAGGUGUUUACCUGUAAAUGAGCGAGUGGUAGAGUUCAAAAGACAAGAAAGAACGGCGAGAAGCCAGCGGAAAGAAACAGGAAGUGUUAGAAACGGAAAUGGAAGUGGCUUCGUUUUGCACAUCAGGCAGUCUUUAUGCAAGAAAGCCCCCGUUGAAGGAGACUGGGAUGAAUAAUGAAGAUGCCGGAACUUCAGAGGAAAAUGCACUGACCUCAGACUGAUUUGUUUUGUGAAUUCAUGCAAACAUAUGGACGCUACAUAUGCAGUGCAAGGCUUUUUUUUAGAUCUCACAUUCUCACAGACUCGAGAAAGUCAGCUGGGAUUGACUCAAUAGUCCUACUGGACGGUCUAAACCGCCCAGCGAUCUUUUUCAAAUUAAGGCAAGAAGAACUGUCCCUACGGUAGUUCAAGAGGAAAGGCGUGCCGCAACUUUGCAACUCUGGAAAACGCUGGAAAGCUUCAGUCACACUGUAUCUGUUUGAACACUGAAAAACAUGACCUUUUUCCUUCUCUUUGGAGAAAAGUCUGAAUAUGUUCAUACUGUAGAUGUCUCAUAAUGGUACACAGACGUAUGAACUUCUAUCAUUGCUACUGAUCUGUUGCUUCCAAAACUCAAACCCAAACAGCACAGGACGUUGCGUAUUUAAAAAGAGCUCCGUUUGCAGUUUACCGAUUAAGAAACGCGGUCAACUCCUUUCUACACUUAAGAAACCAUCAUUUUGGUGAAUACGCUGCCAAUCGCUGCACUGGUGAGCUUUAAGUGAGCGAAAACCAAUUGUGUUUUUUACGAGGAGAGAAGCUUCCUCAGUCAUCUAAGACUUGGCCAUGUAUGCGGCAAUGCUCGAAACGUGAGUGUGUAAAUGCGUGGGAACGAAAGAGAGAGCGAGCUUUUUCAUACUUAACAGAAAUGUGACCCACCACCGUUUGAGUGACCAAACCAUUCCCACGAAUGCCAGAGACAUGGGAUUCCACAUCACUGCUCCGGCGUGCACAAAGUCUAGUUAUAUUCCGCCUGAGCCAAUCGACCAUACAGCUAUUGGUCUGAAAACGGUUGAAAGGUCACUGGAAAUAUUUUACGUAGCAGUUUUUUAAAAUCAAAAUUGUUUAUACGAGUUAUAUGGCUGGUAAAUUUGUUAAAAUAUAUUUUUUUAUGUAGAGAAUAUGGCACUUUAUGUCAGGUAUAUUCAGAGUAAUUAUUGAUACUGUUUUCUUUGUCAUGUUUUUAUUGUUUAAUUACAGGUCUACCAUUUUUGUCCUGGUUUAAUUAUGUAAGCUUUUUUCUUGAAUUCAAGUUUGAUAAGAAACCAUCUCAUCUUUUUGUUGCCUGGAUGUAUUUAUACUUUUUUUUUUUGGCAAAGAUUUACACUAAAAAUCUCUAGACAAAUAAAUGGAUCGAAACUGUUUGGAUCAAAUAGCUCAAA